UAAAAUAUGAUUUUUUUUCCAAUUUAUUAAGAUGAUGUAAUCAAUGUUCUUACAAAUGGUUUGACAAUGGAACAAUUUUUCACUCAAUUUAAUCUAGAAAAUGAUAAUGAUGUCCGAACGUUUUUAAAAACACGAUUAGAAUUAUUAUUACGUUCUCAUAAGACAAGUAAUAAUCUAAAUCAAGACGAUUCAAUUACACCAACUCGCAUAUUUAUCGAUCGUUUACUUCAGUCAGAACAAAUAUUCUUAAAUAUGGCACUUAGUAAACUAUUAUCAAGUUCCACUACAAAUGAGAAUACUAUACCACCACUAGUUCAAGUAUUAUCAUAA